UCACAUCUUCACGUGACCUAUCAUCUACUUGCCUUAGCAAUUACCAUGACAACAGUCGCGAGUCUGGAUUUGGCAGCAGAGGACACCAAUUUGAUCCUCAAAUCCAUCUUGGAGGAGUUGAAAGGCAUCAAAGGUCAACUCGCUAGGCAAGACCAACUAAUUGAGGACCUCAGGAAGCAUGGCACAAGUAUGGAUACUAGAUUGGUAUGCAGCAUAGAAGUGUUUACUUUCACAAGUUCAGAUACUUACUUAUUCAACAGAAGACCAAUAGCGCUGGUCCCGAAACCUUGAAUGUUAUCAAGUCCAAUCAGCCUCCAUCGAUGACAAUUCGAAUUGGGCCGAUGCUGCAGGAAGCUCUCAAACGGUACCAAUCCGAUUCAGUACCCUUCUGGAGUACAUUGUACGGAGCGAACUUGGCCAGUGAGGAGACUAGAGGUGACGUGGAAGCCUUCAUACGUGCUGAUGAAUGGACUUCAAUCACUGGUAUCAUUUGGAAGAUUCCCAAUGAUAACCGAGUAAGCUUCUGCUUUCUCGCUCCUUGGUCUGAUCCGCAAACGUUGGUCCAGGUCCGAAACUUCUUAUUCCAUUUCCAUAAGUCGGAAAGGAAUGGGGAGAAUUUCAAUGUUUGGGAUUGGUUUGACACAGGCAUUUCUUCAUAUUGGUUCCCGGGUAAGACGACGUCAAGCAUGCCACAUGCAGCGAAACCGGUCUUGGAGACGGGCGCAAAGUCCACCAAUUUAAGAACAAGCAAUGAGCUAUCCCAUCUGAUCGCUCCAUGGCGAAGAAUUAUGUAGGUUUUGAUGGGCCCUGUCGUCCUGGGCACAGCUGACCUGCAAGAAACCUCAAAGGCCUCACAACAAUAGAGAAUUGCGACAGCGUCAUGAGUCGAAAGCUUACAGACAGCGAUCUUUGCCCCUUCCUUAUUACGAAUUCUGAGAAUUCAAUUUUCCAGCGACCUGUUGAUAAUAUGAUUGAGCAAGCAAUUAGGUGUCAUCUGCGUUGUCUCCGUGUCUCUAGCACUUACCACGAU